AGGGUACAUUAAAGAAACCACGCCUUAAAUUAUCAUAUGAAUCAUAUGAGGAACCAAUGCGUAGGGGCCCUACGGGCCCUACUAUAUACAAUUAUGUUAGGCCAUCAACAACAGAAUUAGAUUUUGAACAAGAUAUAUUUUAAUUUACAUAAAUAAUAUAUAAUAGUAAUUAUAUAUGAUUUACAGAAAGAAAAAGACAACUACGACUUUUAGAAAAAAACGUUAUACAAAGCCUAAAAGAUCAUUAGCCUCUACAGUUAAUAAAUUGAUACUUAGGCAAGCAGAAACAAAAUUAAAUACUAUUACCUUAGAAUUUCAAGCAUUUAACUCAGGCAUUACAGCAACAGGAGAUUUCCAAUACGUAUUACCAGUAAUACAAGUAGGAACAGGCAGCAAUAAUAGAAUAGGGGAUACAAUUAAACCAAUAAAAUUAGUAAUAGAAGGCUAUAUAGCAUACCGCAUGGAUUUAACAGGCGGAACUAUAAAUGAUCAAUCACGCCUUCUAGGUGCUAGGUUAUUUGUAUUCCAGGAUAAGGCAACCAGAGCAUAUCAAAAUAACAUAUUCAAUUAUAAUCUUUUAGAUAAUGGUUCAAGCUCUGAAAGUUAUACCGGUACAGCUAGAAACUGGAUUCAACCACAUAACGAAGACCAGUUUAAAUGGUUUGCAGAUAAGAAAUUUAAGAUAUUAAAACCGUAUGGUUAUACUAAUAUUGCUAACGGUAGCACAAUUACCCCUGCCAUUGCAAACAUGAAUACUACAUUAUUUCAUAAAUUUAAAAUAACAAUACCUUCUAGCAAAAUGCCUGCAUCAAUACGCUAUGAUAGCACAGAUAGCACUUCAACGCCUAUUAAUUUUUGCCCUAUGCUAGCGCUAGGAUAUUCAGAUUUAAUGAAUUAUUCAGCUGAUACAUUAACAACCCAAUUAGGAAUGUCUUACCGAUCUACAUUAUAUUUUAAAGAUUGUUAA